CCACUGUUAUGGUAACGGCGCCCCGCCCGCCACUAGCACUCAGUCGCGCGCAGUUUCACUCCCUACUGUAUCGAUGAAGUUGCCCAAAGAUGGCGGAUUUCCUGCCGUCCCGGUCCUUUCUAUCUGUUUGUUUUCCAAACUGUCUUCUCAACAGCGGCGAGGCGGAACAACUACGGAAAUCUAAAGAAAUAGACAGGGGUAUUUUGAAAGACAAAACAUAUGUAAAACGGUUAGUCAAGAUACUUUUGCUCGGCGCCGGGGAGAGCGGCAAGUCCACUUUCCUCAAGCAGAUGCGCAUCAUACACGGGCAGGACUUCGAUCAACGGGCCAAAGAAGAGUUCAGAGCCACCAUUUACAGUAAUAUUAUCAAAGGUAUUCGAGUGCUUGAGGAUGCCAGAGAGAAACUGCAUAUCCCAUGGGGAGACCCUUCUAACCAGAAACAUGGAGACACUGUGAUGGCUUUUGACACACGGUCUGCUAUGGUAUCACAAGGGCUAGUGGAGACUAAAGUGUUCCUGCAGUACCUGCCUUCAAUCCGUGCCCUCUGGGCCGACAGUGGCAUACAGAAUGCAUAUGACCGGCGUAGGGAAUUUCAAUUGGGUGAAUCGGUGAAGUAUUUCUUGGAUAACUUGGACAGACUGGGAACACCGGACUAUCUUCCCUCACAGCAGGACAUCCUGUUGGCACGUAAGCCCACCAAGGGCAUUCACGAGUACGAUUUCGACAUCAAGAACGUACCGUUCAAAAUGGUGGACGUGGGCGGCCAGCGGUCGGAGCGCCGCAGGUGGUUCGAGUGCUUCGACAGCGUCACCUCCAUCCUGUUCCUCGUCUCAUCCAGCGAGUUUGACCAGGUCCUGAUGGAAGACCGCCAGACCAACCGCCUCAUGGAGUCGCUCAACAUCUUCGAGACCAUCGUCAACAACCGCGUCUUCAGCAACGUUUCCAUCAUCCUUUUCCUCAACAAGACGGACCUGCUCGAGGAAAAGGUCAAAAAGGUGGCCAUCAAGGACUACUUCCCCGAGUACACGGGGGAGCCGCACAGCCUAGCGGACGUGCAGAAGUUCCUGGUGGAUUGUUUCCGAAACAAGCGCAGAGACCAGCAGCAGAAGCCCCUCUACCACCACUUCACCACCGCCAUUAACACGGAGAACAUUCGGCUGGUCUUCCGUGACGUCAAGGACACCAUCUUGCACGACAACCUCAAACAGCUCAUGCUGCAGUGAUGCCGGUCCGGCGGCGACCCCUUUCAAAUUUCUCCAAAGUAACCAGAUGUUUGUACUCCAUACAGUAAACCUUUCUGAAUAGCUCUGACAUGCUUUUAUGCGAGGAUGCAGGCCUAGCCUAGCGGUCUGUCACGAGCGCAGAACGGCGGGGUUACUCGCUCAGCGGCCAAGGGUGUAGUUAUUCUCUUUUAUAAAAAAUAACAGAGUAAGGUUAGAGAGAGUGUGUCUGUCCACUCACACUUGUUGUCCUUAUUCAGCCUGCCGAGAGAAGCUGUAUGUGUCAUUAAACGUUAUAUCCACCAUCUGUGAAGCAGGUGCCAAAAGCGAUGCACGUUCCCAUAAGUUAGGGACAAAAAAAGAAACGACGUUUUGGUGGGGAUAUCUUAGCACUGUCCUGAAUACCUGUUACCUUUUGAGCCUUUUAUUACUGACCAAAUAAUGAGCAAUGCUUUUAACCCUUUUAACAGGAACUAUUCUGAGCCUCUACCUGCCUGGCCUUCAUUUCUUUUUGUUUUUCUCGAUUGGUGUUUUAACCUCUAGUUGUUUAAUCAAUCAUUCAGUUGUUUUAUAUAGAUAUAUGAAUAUAUUUACCAGUAAGAAUCAUAAGUUAUAUUUCAAAAGGUUUACACUUUUUUUGCCUUUUCAUCUGCUGAUGGAUACUGCUUACGAUAUAUAAAUAUAUACUAUACCACUGAAUUGAUACUGUGGUUGCCAGGCAAGCUGAUAUGUACAGCACACAAGGCAUAAACUCAGGGCUGAAUGUAAACCACUUUAAUGUAUUGAUGAAAACCAUCUUUUCAGGAACAACAUCUUAUCGUAGCUCUCCAUCGGCGGAUUGGAAAUCACAUUUUCUUUUUAGCCUGCAGACAUCCUUUUUUCAUUUUCCCUCUCAAGUCAGGAAAAUCCUUACGGUUUUAUUAGUUUGUCCAUCAGGGAAUGCUUAAAACGGUUUAGUCUUAAUUUAUUUGUCUUUUUUGUUAUUUGUCAACAAACUAUAUACUGCCGUCUUUCGGUCGAACCCCAAGGUUUUUAAUUUUGAAAAACAUUGCUAUGUUUAAGGUACCAAUAAUUCCAUCACCUGUUUUGUUUGCAUACAAAAGGGAUAGAUUUGACCUGUGAACCCUGUCAUUGUGUAUAGCUACUUUGUAUAGUGCCAUGUCCACUCUUGAUACUACUCGUAGUAAGUAUUUGAUGUAAAUAGCCUGUAUCUCACCCACCUCACCCUUUUUUCUAACCGAUAUGUAAUCAACACUGAACAUGUAUAGCUGUUUUAUGCCACUGUGUGUAUUUACACAACCAAUUGCCCGUUUCUUUUAUAUAUAUAAAUGCUGACUCGCUCCUUUCUAUCCAUUGCUGUUUUUAUUUAAUUUUAUUUUUUUUUUGGUUGUGAACGGUGCCUGUAUACGUGUCUAUGCAUUCAGUAGCUGCUGAUUUUAAGUGCUGGCUGUAAAAAUGGCCGGUUUCGGAUUCUGCCGUAUGCUCCUGGCUGAAGGCCCGGGAGGUUUGUGAAAGCAAGUAUUACAUCUUCACACUCCGCUGACAGUAUCCUGUGUCUCUUAUAGUGCCAGUUAGUACCCGACCGAUGCCUUACGAAGAGCACAGAUAUUAAUACUUAGUCCUUUAACCAUUCAAAUCUAAACGGCACAAAGCACUCGAGAUUUUGAAUGAUUUACGUUCAGGACGCAAUUACAUUUCAAAAUGGUGAAAUAGAAAUAGUGCUGAGAGUAUCAAUCUCUAGUAUUAGCUGUGGUCUGUAUUGUCAUAGAUAGCAUGCUGAAUCUUUGUAUUACAUGACAUCCACACACCGAUGGCCUUUUGCAACCUCAAUAACGCAAGUGUUACAUACCUCUCGAAAAGGAAGAGGAAAUGAUUGAAAAUGAGCUGCGAAGUUAAAUACUUGUCUAUUGGCAACCACUGCAAUGGCAUAUAUACAUGCACGGUUUUAGUUGAGCUGUUUCGGCCCUGAGGGCAAACCCAAGUGCUUGUGAAAAUGAUGUCACUGUUUGGUUAAGUUGCGAAAGAUAUGACAGGUGGUCUUCUGCCAACACGCAUGCCUCUUGUAGUGCAUUUAUUCUUAUGUCGAGCUGUUAGCGGUUAAUGUGUUGUUCCCCCAAUUGACAUGUUUAAAAAAAGGACGAUGCUGCACACGUACAGAUACACUACUUUAUUACGCUGUGUUCUUGCUCUGUCUGCACGCUGCUGAGGUGUGAGAGAUGUAAACUGGGCUUUAUUCUCAAAGUCUUUAACCUUUGACUUCCAGAGUGUGGCAGUGGAUACGAGUUUUAAGUUCUGAUCAUGGUUUCUCCAUUUUUGUUUUUAAUGUUAGGAAUGGUGAAUGAUGGUGUAUGAGCUCACUGUAAUAAUCUCUGAAACUUGAUUGUGAUCAGAGAUGGCAAAUUAGUGUUUUGUUUUUCAUCGGUGCCCAGAUAAUCAGUUGAAUAUUAUGCAAGCCACAAAAUCUUAUUCCUAGUGCCUCCUGUUUUAUGCUUCAGAUCUUUCUUUGUACUUAGGCUUUUAAAAUUUUUGAUUCCUGUGAAUAUUUUUUGAGUCCUGAUAUCAGAAUAAUUUGUACUAAAUGAUUUCAAGAGAGACUCCUGCACUCAGUACAGUAGCUUUCAUUGUACAGUCUAACUAAUGCUUCCUCACUCUUCAUCAUUGACUCAAUAAAAUCAUUUUUCAAAAA